AUGGCCGGGCCCGAGGAGAUGGAGGAGACGGAGGGUGUGGAGGCGGCCGCCGCGCAGCUGGAGACGCUGCAGUUCGGAGGGGCGGCCCCGCCCGGAGCCCCCGAGCCCCUUGGGCCUCGGCUCCCGGGCCUCGAUGCGGCCCCGGCCGGUCCUGCCGCCCCGGGCCCCCCGCCGCCUCUUGUCCCGGCCUGUCCGGCCGCGACCCCGGGGUCCCCGCUCCCUGCCCCUGCCGCCGCCCCGGGCGUCCGACAUCCCCAGCUCCCGGGCCUCCCGGAGCCCCUUGUCCAGGCCCGUCCCGCUGCCCCGGGCCUCGCAGGGACCCCGGGGUCCUCCGAGCCCCGGGCCCCGGAGCCCCCGGAGCCCCCGGAGGCCCCUCUGCCUGCUCCUGCGGUGCUCCCGGACCUCCGACAGCCCCAAAUCCCGGCCCCGGAGCCCCCGGAGCCCCCGGAGCCCCCUCUGCCUGCUCCUGCGGUGCUCCCGGACCUCCGACAGCCCCAAAUCCCGGCCCCGGGCCCCCCGGAGCCCCCUCUCCUUGCUCCUGCGGUGCUCCCGGACCUCCGACAGCCCCAAAUCCCGGCCCCGGAGCCCCCGGAGCCCCCUCUCCCGGCCCCGGGCCCCCCGGAGCCCCCUCCUCUGCCGGCCCCUGCCGCUGCCCCGGGCCUCCGGGGGCCCCUUUUCCCGGGCCCUGCCGUGAGCCCGGGGUCCCCCGACCUCCAAAUCCCGGAGCCCCCUUUUCCUGCCCGUCCUGCCGCCCCGGGCCUCCAGCCGCCGCAGGUCCCGGCCCGUCCCGCUGCGACCCCGGGGUCCCCCGACCCCCAAAUCCCGACCCGUCUGUGGGUCCCGGGGGUGGUGGGUGGCCAGCCUUCCUCGCCGCACCGCCAGCAUCCCGGCUCUUCCUCCUCCUCCUCCUCCUCCUCCGACAGUGACACAGAUUCAGAUAGUUCAUCUUCCUCUUCCUCCUCGUCCACCUCUUCGUCAUCUCUGUCGCUCCCACCGGUGGCGUCCGACGGCGAAGACGAUCCGCCAGCUGAAAAAGAUAAUAAAGCGUGUCCUCUUAAAACGAAAGAUGAACUGCUUCUUGAAGAACUGCCCUCUGUCGAAGAGCUGACUAUAAUUUUGCCCGAAGAGGUUGAACUGAAACCUUUUGGUGUGGUUUCAAGCAUUAUUGAACAGUUGGUAAUUAUUGAGUCUCUAACUGACCUACCUCCAAUUAAUGAAGAGAGUAUCAUUUUUAAAGGAAACCGGCACGCAGCUGGAAAGGUCUUUGAGAUAUUUGGUCCUGUUUCACAUCCAUUUUAUGUGUUACGCUUUAACUCUUCAGGACACAUUGAAAAAAAGGAUAUUAAAAUAAAGGAUACUAUGUAUUUUGCACCAUCGAUGGAAGACUUCACUCAGUACAUAUUCACAGAGAAACUAAAGCAAGAUAGAGGAUCUGAUGCAUCGUGGAAGAAUGAUCAAGAGCCACCUCCAGAAGCUCUGGAUUUCAGUGAUGAUGAAAAAGAGAAAGAAGCAAGACAGAGGAAAAAAUCCCAGUCUCAAGGAAGAAAGAAACUGAAACCUGAAUCGAACGAUCCGAGUGGGAAUUACGGAGAAGUACGCCAGCAUUGGUCUGCUCAGCGCCUGUUUUCGGAACACCCAAGAGGAUACCAGAACAGAGAAUUCACGCGGGGCUUUCCGAGGGCUAGAUAUCCUCAGACCUGCUAUCCCAGGCCAGCACCUCAACAGUACUUCCCUUCCCAACACAUGGCUUCUCAUGAAUCUUCUUUAGCCUUUCUCCCCCCACCGCCUCCUCCUCCUCCUCCUCCUCCUCCUCCUCCUGACAGUCCCAUUAUGCCACCGUACCCUUUCCCUCCUCCAGUGUUUGACCUGCAUCAUUUUCCGCCUCCCCCACCUCCACCCUUAAACAUGAGUUGGCCAGUGCCGGACAUGCCCCCUCCUUCCUCAAACAGCUCCGCUUAUUCCCAGUUUCCCCCUCCACCCCCUCCCCCUCCCCCACCCCCUCCACCUCCUUCUUCUCAAGGUGGCCAUUCCUCACAGUUCACGCCUUAUUAUUAAGUGAAUCCUAAUUUUCAUCAUUCCUGCAUCGAGAGCUGCGUUUCCUAACCGAGAGGUAUAUAUACAUCUCUCUACUUACAGUUGUGUCUACAAGGAAGUCCCUAUGCAAUGGACUACUAUAUGGAACCGUUUCGGGGCAAAGUGAAGCGGGAGGUAAUUUUGUUGAGAACUUGAAAAAGAGUAAACCACUGUGACUUUUCAUUUAUUGAGUGUUUUCCGUGUGCAGAGCACUUAGGAGAGUACAAUACGAUAGAGUUGGUACGCAUGAUUCCUUCCCACAAGGAUCACGCGCUAGAGGGACGAAAAUACAGUGAGGACAAUAACACAGCAGGAUCUCAAGCGAAAAUCCAAUUGGGCAUAUCACGCUCCAUUUACUAAGCUACCAUUCAAAAAUAUUUUUGGCAGUGUUUGCUUCGAAAGAAGUGCCUGGGUUUUCUUCAGGGAUUUAAACUUUAAUUGAAUACAUAUCAGUUAAAUGUACGUCUUGUAAUAUUUUUGUAUGUUCAACAAAAGGAGAUUUCCGACUUGUUAAAUAAACAAUAUUUUUAUAAACCA